AUGCCGGUGGAUCAACGCCCGGAAAGUUUGAGUAAAGUGAUACACCCCCGGCGCGAGAGCUUCCAUCCGUCGCCAGUCGACUGGCGUGAAGAAAUUCUGUAUUUUUUGCUCCCCGACCGCUUUAGCGAUGAGCAAGCUGCCAGCCGCACACCUCUUGACCUCAACAAUACCCCGUUCCCUCCAAACACGCCGGUCCCUAUUCAAUGGGAUAAAUGGGCUCAAUCAGGCGGUGAGAGAUGGCAAGGUGGCACCUUAAAGGGCUUGGAAUCGAGGUUGAACUAUUUGGAAGAGCUGGGUGUAACAGCUAUCUGGAUUGGCCCUGUGUUCAAGCAACGGCUUAAUUUGAACACAUACCAUGGUUAUGGCAUCCAGGACUUUCUCGACGUGGACGCGCACUUCGGGACACGGGAUGAUUUAAUCAGUGUCGUCAAUGCUGCCCACAGGAAGAAGAUCCGCGUGAUUCUCGACGUCAUCUUCAAUCAUUCCGCUUGGAACUGGAAUUAUGAAGGAUAUCAAUCUGAUCCCCCCUACCGGCCAUGGCCCGGCUACUACAAAGAUGUCUGUUGGCUGGACAAAGACGGCAACGAGACGCCGAGAGCUCUCACCGACGCCGACGGUGCCGUUUGGCCGAUCGAGCUACAGGUUGCCAACGCUUACACCCGCGCCGGCAAAGGCAGCUUGAGUGGUGAGAAGCUCGACGACGUGCACGCAGAGUUUCGGCGAACAGAUUUCGAUGGCUCAAUGCGGGACUUCAACUUUGACCGCGAAGCAACCCUGACAGACCUCGCUCGCUGCUACAAAUAUUGGAUUGCCUUGACGGACUGUGAUGGGUUUCGCCUGGACACACUCAAGCACGUUGGAACCGGUGUGGCUCGCAGCUUCUGCGGGACAAUCAAGGAGUUCGCCUCUGGCCUGGGCAAGACCAAUUUCUUCCUCAUGGGCGAGGUGGGAGGCCCGGAUUUGAACGCCGAGACCUACCGAACGAUACUGCAAUCGAACCUGAACGCAACCCUGGAUAUUGGCGAAAGCCGAGUCGCCUUAACAGGAGUUGCCAAGGGCCUAAGACCUGCCUCUCAUUACUUUGAUAUGGUGGCGCAGUGGGACCGCUCGCUGGGCUCGCACCGCGACGCUGGACUACACCACGUGGUGGUACUCGACGACCACGAUCACGUGUUUGGAGCCAAGGUCCGCUUUUCUACCGAUGCAGCCACUCACCAUCAGGUCGUGGCCGGAGUGGCUAUUCAGCUGUUCAGUCUCGGGAUCCCCUGUAUCUAUUACGGGACGGAGCAGUCGUUGUCUGGCCCGCCGAGAGCCGAGCGUCAAGCAUAUCUCCCAGAUUUCGGUUCAAGCGACAAGUACUUGCGUGAAACCAUGUUUGGCACCGAAUAUCCCCGUAAAAGUGGUGCAGCAGGCUUGUCAAUUGCGGGAGAAGACACUAGCCUGCCCGGUUUCGCCGCCUUCGGCGCCAAGGGAAAGCACUGCUUCCGCACCGACUUCACCACCUUCGUGCGCAUCAAGACCCUCAUCAAAAUCCGCCAACGCUACCCCGUCCUUCGCUUCGGCCGCCAAUACCUGCGAGAAAUCCGGAAAUCUGGCCCCUUCACCAAAUCCAGCCCAGGCGACCUCUUUGCCUGGUCCCGCAUCCUGGACGAAGAGGAAGCCCUCAUCGUGAUUAACGGUCACGGCGCCGCCGUCUCCAGCGCCCAAAUCGCAGUUGAUGCGGCGCUCAACCCGAACGGGGGAGAAGCAAAGCUGCGCGUCAUCGCCAACUCGGCGGAGGUGGGUGGCGAGGCACGUACGUCGCAUCGCAUUGGCGAUAUGUUGGUGGUAAAAUACGACUCGGACGGCCGCGCUUACGUCGAGAUUAGAAAUGUGCAGCCGUCCGGGGUCUUGGUUCUGACGAAUCGGCCAGAGUAG